CUCGGGGCUCGUACGUUUCCCGUCUUCUCGCUGCUUCAUCCAGUCAACAGAGGAGCAGAAACGUCGUGGUUGUUUUUUUGUUUUUUCCUGCGCCCAAAACCCGGACUUUUAUUUGUUCGUAAAGAAAAAAAAAAAAUACAUAUAUAUAUUUUUGGGACUCACAAAUAUGCCGCUGUGUUCAGGCUUCGGAGGGAGAAGAGGUCCGGCCUUAGAAUAAACUUCACCCGAGUUCAGCCCCGCUCCGUGGAGGAGGAACGAUCGUGUGAGCAGAAAUAUCUUCAGAAUCAAUUGAACACCUUUCGUACAUCCUCAGGCUACAGCACACAUUCAUCUGAAACCAUUUUCACGAAACACUUGCUGUGGACCCUCUGAUCAUCGCUGUAGUCCUCGUUUUUAUUUAUUUUCUAAACCUUUCUGACACUUCAGCCGGUCCCAAUGGAAGCCAGAGGAAAGUAUGACUUUACUGCAACGGCAGACGACGAGCUCAGCUUCAGAAAGGGCGAUAUACUUAAGAUUUUAAGCCCACAAGAUGACUGGUAUAAGGCAGAGAUGAACGGACAGGAAGGAUUCGUACCACAAAACUACCUAGAAAUGCAGACUCCAAGAUGGUUUCAGGAGAACGCCAGUCGCAGCGCUGCAGAGGAGCUCCUGAGGCACAAAGAUGUUGGAGACUUUGUGAUUCGAGGGUCCCAGAGCUCCCCGGGGGACUUCUCCAUCUCUGUCAAACAUGAGAGCGACGUUCAGCACUUUAAAGUGUUGAGGGACAACAAAGGCCAGUACUUCCUGUGGUCCGAGAAGUUCACCUCCCUAAACAAGCUGGUGGAGUUCUACAAGACCACCUCUAUCUCAAAGACCAGGGAGAUCUACCUCAACGACGGCAGCUCAAGUAGGAGUCCCUCCAUGGCCCCGUCGGUGAAGAGGGGAAGUUUGCCGGAACAACAUCACUCCGCUGCAGCGAUUGCUGCUACGCCACGCAGAGCUUCAGACCAGCCUCACAGCCAGCUGGCUAAGAGGGUGGGUCUAGAGGAGCGAGCUCACACCAUCGGUCACACAGGAAGAAACAGUCCCAUCAGCUCUGCUUAUCCUCCCCGUCGCACAUCUGAAACCAUGCCUCUGCCUCAGAGGCCGUGCGCGGUGCAGGUGAAGGCGCUGUACGACUUCAACGCCGAGGAAGACGACGAACUCGGUUUCUGCGCCGGAGACAUCAUCGAAGUGCUGGAUCGCUCAGACGCGUCGUGGUGGAAAGGGAGGCUGCGGGGCAAAAGCGGGCUGUUUCCUGCCAACUACACAAUACAGCUGUGAGAAAACACCCCGGGCGACACACUUACUAUGCCUACACACACAUUCACAGACUCGCUCUGCAGGUGCAGCGCCCCGAGUAUGCGUUGUUGAACAUAAACACUGGGCAGUCAGGGAGUCAUCUAAUCUCUGCACCACACGUCGGGACUUCAUCAGUAUGCCGGGGCCCAAAUGACUGUGGGGCAGUUAGUGUUUUCAGAUCAUAUUCAUAUAUGUAUAUAUAUAUAUAUAUAUAUAUAUAUAUGGUGCUCUUUCAGGUUUUAUUGGACACGUUUUGCUUCAGUCAGUCAACGAAGCGAAGGCGCAUCCUAAAUCCUGGCACUUGUUUAACAGGCGCACAGGAACUGCUUCAGAUGGCACUGCGGAAUGUUUUAUCAUCUGUAUUAUGACGUGUCUGUCGGCAGGUAUUUAUUUGCCAGAUGCUCGUUGGCCAGUCCGCUGAUGAAUCGACUGUUUCUGUUCAUGCUGUAAGUGUAGUCACAUUUUCUUCCACAAAAAAAAAAAAAAAAAAAAA